AGAGUACCACUGCACUGUACGGUCAAGAAGUGGUAAUAAUCCUUCCCUAAAAGCUGAAGCUUGAGAGAGCUAGCUCUAGAUCAGAGGGACAAUCAUCUUGAUCUUGCUCUUUGAGUCCAUCGGAAUGCACAUUUUGUGUGUGUGAUGGUGCUGCGUGGAAACGAAUAGAGUAGGCUUUGCCUUUGCGUGUCUCCCAUGCAUGAACACACAAUUCAAGUACACGCUGCGCUCACGGUGUAGUAUUUAGCCGGCCAAGACACCUGACGAGAGACGAUUUUGGAAUCAUCAGGUCUUGUGCUCCCUUAUAGGCUUCCACAUCACGCCUUAACUCACUCCAUCUUCUAACAUGGCUAAGCCCAAAGUAAAAGCGGGCAAUAGUAAUGCUGUGGACAAAUUGACUCGCCGUCCUCCAAAGAACGUACUUAGAAUCAAGAUGGGCUCAACGGACAAGCGCAAGGUACGCAGCGGCAAGCUUAAAAAGGUACUCAAGUCAUUGGAAGACCCUGAUUUUAUCUUGGAACCUGAAAUGGAUGCAUUUGUAGAUGAGGAAUUGGAGCUGUCUGAAGACCUUCUAAAUCAAAUUGAAGAGAUUGAGAUGGAUGAUGAAGUUGAAAACGAUGUGAAAGAUUCAGGAAGAGGUUUUGAGAAGCUCUCUACUUCCAAGAAGCUGCAGACCAUGAAGCGAAAUCCCAAGACUGGGCAAUAUGAAUGUCCAUAUUGCGUUUUUUGCUCUCCUUACUACAGUGCGGUGGCCAGUCACACCCUGAUCCACACAGGUGAGAAACCAUUUCGCUGUAAGAUCUGCGGAUACCGUGCUCGUCAACGAGGUCAUGUCGUGGUUCAUAUGCAGAUGCAUGAGGAGCAGAAGCCAUACAAGUGUGUUAAAUGUGACUACUCCACAACCCAGCCAUCUCACCUUCGAGUGCACAUGAGGGUUCAUGCUGAUGAAGAGGAGAAGAAUGAAGGAGAUGGUAACUACAUUUCAGAACAGCUGGCUUCAUUGAAAGAACAAAUGAAGAGUGAGGAAGAGAAAAUGCAGUUGUUUUCUUGUAAUCAGUGUGAUUAUGUUACCAAGCGCAAGCACAAUCUCAUCCAGCACCUUGCGGUCCACACAGGAGCAAAACCCUACAAGUGUGAUCUGUGUGACUACUCUUCCAGCCAGAAAGGUCACUUGAAUGUUCAUAUUCGCACCCAUACUAAGGAGAAGCCCUUCAAAUGUCCCAAGUGUCCAUUUGCAUCAACAGUACCAAAGUCUCUGCGUGAACAUCUCCAGAUGCACUAUGGGCAACGCCCUCUGAAGUGUCCUUACUGUUCUUUUUCUUCCAGCCAGGCUUUCUCCAUCAAGCGUCACAUUGCCUUGCACGAGGAGGUAAAAUCCUUUUCUUGCAAGUUCUGCAGCUACAAGACCACUGUUGAAGAGGAUUUCAAUCACCAUAGGUCUAUUCAUACCCAGCAAGCCUCAUACAAGUGCACAUAUUGUCCUUAUGAGACACCUUUCAAGCAUAUCUUUGAUACCCACAUCCUGACCCAUACUGAAGCUCUAGGCAUUACCACUGAGAAUCGUGUUCCUAAAGGAAAUAUUCCAUCAAUGCGGUCCAGACAGGGCAGGAAGAAUCGCCUUCGCAACACUAAAAAGAAUGAAGUUCAUGAUGAACCGGAACCUGAUAGGAAACUACAUGAAAGCCUGUUUAUCCAUCCACCAACCCCCUCAUCUUUGAAAGAGCCCAAAGCCAGUCCUGUUCCUGGAUUGGAGCCUGAGGACCUGAUAGUUGAUGUGAAUGAGGAUGCCUACAAGCAUGAUGAUGAGGUGGACUAUCACCACAUGGAAUUUGCCAAAAACCCCAAGGCUGUCCGAAAGCAGACUUCUCCAACGCCUGCUGAUGCGACUCGCACUGUAUCCACUGCCAUGCAGACAAUGCCGGAACCUGUGACUGAUGAGCUACCACCGACACCUACUCUCUCUGACAAGAGUGCUCCUUCUCUUCCCGACAUUGCUACUCUUUCCGCUAAUGAUGGUGCAUCUCAGCAGGAUAUCAAUGAAGCUGAGGAUGAACUGUCCUUGGUCAAUAUGGAAGCUAUGGAAGAAGAAAUCGUGGUGGAGAAUCCCAUGAGUAAGCUCUUCACCUGUGAGUAUUGUGAUAAAGAAUUGAUCGGUCAAGAAGACUGGCGGCGACAUGUGUCUCGUCACUUCAUGGAAUGGCCAGAAAUCAACUGAUAGUGAUCUACAAGUGCAUCCUAUAAUUCUAUCUUGCAUGAUAGAUUUCUAUUCCAACUACAUGUACAUGUUAGUUAACUUUUUGAAAAAAGUCUGAUAUUUGUAUGUUUUAUUCUCCAUAGUUACAUUUAUUUAUUUUUUUCCUUGGGGGAGGGGAAUGUUAAGAAGGGGAUAUUAAGGAAAAAGACAUCAUUUGCAUCAGGCUACUGCUAAUAUUGUAAAGUGGAGCAUCAGCAUACAUGUCUUUUUAUCAGCUCAUUCAAUGUCAAGGAAAUAAGGAAAAUAAGAUUUUUUUUUAUAGGUUGACAAAAUAAUUCUAAGUUGUUGAAGUUAUGAGAUGAAUUCAAGAGAGUUUUUGAUUUUGGCAAAUUUUAUGUGAAAUACAUGUAUGUGAUUGAUGGAUAAAAGAAGAGCAGAUGCAUGUACAUGUACAAGUAAGAUUUUAAUAGAAAGGGUUAAACCCCCCCUAAUUUACAAAGGGAUUGAGGAAGGGCAUGCUCUCAUGAUGAAUUUGCUAUUGUUUUUAAGCCAUGUUCCUCAUUUCAUAAUGUACAAAUUAAAGUAAACUGUAUUGCUUCAGUUUCGAAUUGAUAAACAACGAUGCAGAACUUUUCAUGAUUGUGUAAAGAGCAAUAUAUUUCUAUUUUACAUUUAUUUUUUUAACAAGUAUUUCGUACAUGUAGAUAUCUAAUCAUGUGAGAACAUUAAUAUUUUCAAAGUCUUCCUGUUUUUAGACAAGAAAUUGUGCCUUCUGAUCAUGCUGGUAAUUUCGAUUUAUUUUCUGUCUAGAAAAUAUACCUUGAAAUUUUCUUGAAUAAUUGAAACCAUGGUGCUUUUGACUUUUACAUGUACAUGUGAUUAUGUGUUCUAUAAGGUAAGAGAUAAUUUGAUAAACCAUAAAACCAUGUGGACUCAUUUAAUUUUUUGUGAUGUUCAAAUGAUUGGAAAUUGGAUUUGAGUUGCUACAUUAUGUUAACCAUGAUUUUAUAUUGUGUUGACCUUGUACUUUAAUGUACAUGUAACUUGUGAUAUGAACAUUUUCUUUUUCUAUAUGAUUUAGUAUGUUGAGUUCAUAUGAAUACAUGAUGCAUUCUGUUGUAUACUGUGUAAAUAUAGUUAUUGUUUUAAUAUGAAAUGAUGGUAGAGUGUAGGUUUUCAUUGUUUAUUUCAUAGUCUAGUGUUAUUCAUGUCAGACUAUUAAAUCAUAAUAACUAUUUAAAGUACAUGUAUGCAAUUACGGUACCCCCUUUUCCCUGUCUUGAUAUCUACAAAAAUCAUUUCACAAAAUAUACAUGUACAUGUAGAUUUAGGUUACAUUUAUUUUUCAAUUCAUGUUUUGCUACGAACUUGUAAGUUGUAAAUGUAAAGUAAUUCUAAUUAAUAGUCAAUGUACAUGUAGUUGCCAAAGAUUGACAUUGGCCAUUGACCAGUGCCACACAGAAUUUUGAUAAUUAACAAAUCACUUUUUACCAUUAUCAAAUUAAUAUUACUAUUGCUAUGUUAGCUUCUGUCCUGUAUACCUUGUACACGUAUGUAUUUUUUGUGAACAGAAUGCUCUUUUCUCUGUUGUAAUGUUUUGACUGUUAACAUAUGGAUGUGAGAUCAUCGGUCACUUUGGGACAAAUAUUGAAGUACUUCACACGUGGAAACAAAUGAUGUGAAUACCAGAAGUAUAAUUUUUUUUCUUCUGGAUUGGCUAAAAGUGUGUUUCGGAACUGUAGUAGUGAUUGGAAUAAUUGUACAGCUUUUAGUAUGGUAACAUCUACAUCUACAUGUACAUGUACACGAUAUGGUCUUGCAGCUACAAUGAUGACAGAACCAUGCCCUUAGUGGCUUACAAUCAUACAGACUUUUCAUGCUGUUCUAAUCUAUAUUGAAUGUUUAGCCUAUGUCUACAUCUACGCAAGAUGAACACACCAUGGUAGUAUUACCAUUCUAACCUACAGAUCUCAUACCAGCAAAUCAUUUGUAGUCUUUUUCAUCAGACCAGUUGAGAACUUGUUUUUAGAUUCUCGUGAUCUUGCAUGUAGCCACUCUGCCACAGAGAACUAAGAUGUACAUGUAUUUGGAGGAUGAGACAAUGUCAAAUCCCCCUAUCAUAAUUUCGCUAUGUGUGAUACAACAAGGACAUUUCACAGAACUUUUUACACUAAAAGAAAAAUGUGAAUAAAUGAAAACCAUUCUGUCCCUAUCUAUCACGAUGCAUUUGUUAUGUGCAGUAGUGGCUAUGAUACAAGAUGGUCAUUCAAAUUGUAAACGUCAAUAAUGUACCUGGCUUCCAGUAUGCAUGUUAAUGAUAUGGUCACCAAAUUGUUUGAAACAAAGAGUAAAGCAAGACUGUCCAGUAUCCAUUCACAUGUGAGUAUCAGUCUGUAACUGUUUGUAUUGUUACACAUGUUCUAUUAAGUGUUUUAUUGUAUACAGAUUAUCUGCUAGACAAUGAUUUCUUAAAAUUAUCAAAUUGUGUGAAUUUUGUUUUUAUCACUAUCAGUAUAAAGACUUUGAGACCCCUAAAACCUGCAAAACUUGAUUGGUAAAAGAGACUAAGUCUAGUAGCUCUAAUGCCUACUGCAAGUGUAACCUUAUCUGAGGGCCUACUACCAGUACAGCAAAGAUUACUUGGUGUCUGGUUACAUUGAAUCUAGACUACUUAAAGCUAUGUAAUAGAUAAUCGUUAGGGAGUUUAGGGAUGUUUUACAAGAGUAAAGGUUGACUAAAAUCAUGCUUAAGCGUCAAUGCACAUACAUGUACAUGCACAUGUAUUUAUAUUUAAUGUGGAAUUUAAUUGUUGAUAAUGCGGUAGGGCAUAUUCCCAGAAACGAUGUGUCCAUUGUGGUGAUUCAUGUACAUGUAUGUUAAAGCAUCACCGCAUUGUACAGGUCAUUCUCACCUUUUAUUUACCACCUUUUUAUUUUGGAUUAGAUGAAAGGUACAUGUAGAGAGGGAGAGAGAGGGAGGAUGGUGGUGAAAUCAUUUAUGCUGACAAAUCAAAAAUUGCUUCUGGGCUGUCCAAAAUUAAACUAAGUUACAUGUAUCUCUUUUUUUUUAAAUUACAUGUAUUUGACACAAUAUUUACAGACUUCGUUUAGACCAAGCUGUCAUGACAUGCAUCAGGGUUAAGAUAACAUAGCUAUCAAGUUUGUGUCAGUUGACUUCUCCUCCCACCAUGUAUAUCCCUUCAAGGCUUUUCACAGAUGGGAUGACAAUCAAUGAAUAGUCAGUAUUGUGCAUGCUCAUAGUCAUCUCCACUUUGAUUUGUUCAUCUUACUAGCAGCAUUUUCAUUAGUGUAGUUUGGCAGUAUUUGUUUUAUUCUAACAAUGUCCUUUCAAAAUGUUGACUUGGGUUUGAUGAGUGGUACAUGUAUACUUGUAUUCUAAAAUUCAUAUGCAACUUGAUUUUCAAUGGCAGCCAAUCAAAUGAGUGUGUUUGGGACAGUCACAAGUGCUUGAUUUUUUUUUUUUUUUUACAAAGUAGUUGCAUUUGUGAAAAAUACACAACUCUUUUGUGAUGCUAUAAUUUUGUUUCAAAUUAUUUCAAGUGACACUCAAUUUUGAUUGUCAAAAAGCAAGUCCUAAGCACUCAUAAUAGUGUAGCCUUAUAUGUACAUACAUGCAAGCAUUUAUUUGUUGAAAUGAAAUGUAUUGAAAAUUAGAACAUAAUUGAAGUGAAUUAUAUCUUGGCUGAAAGCGUUAUGAUUACGAUUAUUUAAAUGAAUGCUCCAUGAGUUAAAUCUGGGGGUAUUUCACAAAGAAUUAAGUGUGACUUGGAGUCUCCCUUAAAUUUCAGUUGCAUAUGUUGUAAAACGCAUCAGUGCAUCGGUCAGAUCAUGUGCAGGGGACGUGCACUGUUGCUUAUCAAUCAAACAGAUCAUGUGUAAAGGGGAAGUUCACCCUGACAAAAAAAGUUUAUUUUAAAAAUAGUAGGAUAAAAUAAUAGAAAGUAGUGCCAAAAGUUUGAGAAAAAUCCAUCAAAGAAUAAAAAAAGUUAUAAGAAUUUUAUUUAUUUGAUUUGUGAAGUCGUAUGCAAGCAGCUUUUCUACAUAUCGUAUGGUAAAAGAAUGAAUGAAAUGUCAUUUUCUCAGAAAAUUGAAAAUGGUUUUCACUGUACCUUCAGUAGUCAAAUCAUUUCACACCCGUUUCUAAAGACAAAACAAAACUGAGUCACGAACCAUUAACAAAAUUGAAAUAUGUGCAUUUUAUAUUACAUAACAUAUGGGGCAGCUGCUCGUUUAUGACGUCAUAAAUCCCAAACUUUAAAUUCUAAUAACUUUCUUAUUCUUAAAUGGAAUUUCCUCAAACCUUCACCAAUGAGUUUAACAAAAUUAACUGCUAUUUUUACAACAAACUUUUCUUCAGGGUGAACUUCCCUUUUAAUAUAAUAUGUGCAUUGCCCUUUAAGCAUGACUCACACAGUUAAGUCACACUUAACUCUUUUGUGAAACACAGUGUGCUUAAAAUAGUAAGGCAGAGCCCAGGUUGAGGAAAUGUGUACAACUUAGAGCCAAUGAAUAAUGAAAAUGUUAUUAUUUAUGGAGCAAAAAUUUGCAUUUCUUUUUCGGAAAGUAUUGUUGCAACCAGCAAUGAUUAUUGCAAACUACAGGUACAAGUACAUCUCUGUAAUCUCUUGAGACCAUGGAAAUCGGUCCACUGCGAAUUUGAGUUGAAAGCAGAAAAUAAGACUUUGUCUUAAGAUUUAUUUAACUUUGAUUAUUUGACUGGACUGUAGGUAAACUUAUGCAGACUAAAUUUACAUUCUAUGAUGUAUAUAUAUUACCUUUUUUUAACUGAUGCAGUAGCAAAAGUAAUUUUCAAUACUAGCAUCCACCCAGUCAUCAUUGUUCAGUGGUAUAAUUUUCAUUUUAGUUUUCCCAUUUUUCAAUAACAUGCAAAUUAUUAUUUUUUAGAUUGAAUUUUCUGUCUCAGGGACUUGAGAAUUGUUUAUAUUUGAAAUAAUCACUUUAAUAGUCUCAAUGGGAUUUAUUAUGAAUUUACCUUUGCUUGAUUUCCAGAGCCUUAACUUUUAACUGAUGCAGUAGCAAAAGUAAUUUUCAAUACUAGCAUCCACCCAGUCAUCAUUGUUCAGUGGUAUAAUUUUCAUUUUAGUUUUCCCAUUUUUCAAUAACAUGCAAAUUAUUAUUUUUUAGAUUGAAUUUUCUGUCUCAGGGACUUGAGAAUUGUUUAUAUUUGAAAUAAUCACUUUAAUAGUCUCAAUGGGAUUUAUUAUGAAUUUACCUUUGCUUGAUUUCCAGAGCCUUAAUUUUCAAAGAUUUCUAGCUGUACUUGUUUAAUAUUUUGGUCUGUUUUGUCAGUCUGAAUUUUGAUUGAGUAAUCUACCGGCAUUGACAAUGAAAUGUAUGUUUGUCAUUCUAAUAUUAAAAUGAAUUGCAUGUGUUAUUUCAUUGUAUUUCAUCUCCAUUAUCAGAUACAUUGUAUAAUAUUUCAUUAUUCAUUUAUCUUGUGUUUCAUAACGUACCAAAUAAGUCAUUAUAUCCAUUAUGUUCACUAUUAGUCCUUUCUGUGUUGGUUUUUUAUAUUAAUCAUGCUUGGAAAUAAUUGAGAGAAUUGCACAUUAUUUUUAUACCUUCUUCCACAUUCCUUUAUUACUGGAGCGGAAAUCAUGUCUUAUAUCAAAGGACAUAUUUUUUACAUUGAAGCUUUUAUUGUGUGAAUGUAUUAAACUUAUAACCUCAGUCAUGCCAACAACCAUACUGAUGCAAACGUUAUAUCAAAGGAGAUGUGUUUGUGUGCAUUUAAACAAUGAAGACCUGUAUCUUGAUGGUCAGAGUAUGAAUUGUGUAGAUUAUAGUUGUAAGGUAAGUUUGGACCAACAUGGCUUACAUGUAUCUUCUUGCACAACUCCUGCUGUAUGCUUCAACAUGUAGAUACAUGUAGACUCAUAUUCUGAAGCUGAGUUAACUUAGACUAUGGUCCAACUAUACUAAAAUUAUAGCUAAAAAUGUCAAAAUUUUGUUUACAUAGAAAACUUUUUAUUAUUAUUCCCAGACAGUUGUGAAUAAUUUGAGUGUAAAUGAGCUGAUAAGUUGGUCGAGUCUGUAAUGUUAAAGACUUGUGCAACAUCAGGCUUUAAAUAGUUCUACCACAGCUUUUACAAGAAUUUAAAUCAAACCGGAGUUUAGAAUGUUGGGCAUUUAAUUUGGCAAGUUAUAGAUCUUCCUGUGGUGCAGUGCAACUAAGGUUAAUUUAUCAAUGUCUGUGCCUUAUUGAUACCUAUAUGUCUCAGCUACAUGCAGGCCUUUUUUUUCAAGAAAAAUGUCUUCUCAACAUUGAUGUAAAUAGUUUGUAGUGUGCAUGCAUGCAUGGCAAGUAGAAAUUCUAGAUUGAUGAAAGAAACAAUGUUUUGUAGAAAAUCCAAGAAAAGGAGAACACUGUUUACUUUUAACAAUAGGGGAAAGCAAAUCUAGCAGAUAUAAUUGUGAAGUCUGGAUCAUGGAUGCAUAAUUUGAUAAUAAAUUGAUGCUGCUUAA